AUGGCCCAGACCCCCCAGCAAAGGCGCGCCAACGCCAAGUUCGUCAAGGACCAGGAGGCGCGGCGCGGCAAGUCGGAGGCCGAGCGCCAGGCGCGGACCAAGGAGGCGCAGAAGUCGCCCAUCUCGCCGCUCUGGCUGAUCCUCCUCGGCUUCGUCGUCUUCGGCGGUGUCUUCUUCGAGGUCCUGCAGCGCAUCUUCUGGCGAUAG